UAUUAGUGCUAAAAAAAUAAAACAAUUACUAAAUUGAUGCAAAAAAUAUAUAUAUGAAGCCUCUUUUUAGUAUCCUCCAUUCUCAAAUAAAUGCAGUAAAUAGAUCCACACAAUUCAUGCACUCAUAUCUGAUUCAAACAUUACAUCUCACCAACAAAAAAAGAUAAGAUAUACUUCCUCCGUUCCAAUUAAAUGGGUAACAAAUGGAGGAGCUUAUUCAAUUUGCAGUGCUGCAGCAGGAGUUGCAGGGAAUGUCUGUGCAUUUGUGUUGUUUGUCUCACCCAUACCAACGUUCAAGAGAAUAAUCAGAAGCCAAUCAACAGAGCAGUUUUCUGGAUCACCUUAUAUGUAUGCUCUCUUGAAUUGCUUAAUAUGUCUUUGGUAUGGCACGCCAAUCGUUUCUCCCGGCAUCAUAUUGGUUUUCUCUGUCAACUUCAUUGGAGCCAUUUUCCAGUUAGUAUAUAUCACUAUCUUCAUUGUAUAUGCAGAGCAAAAGAAAAAGUUAAAAAUGUUGGGAUUGUUGCUAGGCAUUUUUGGUUUGUUUGGAGCUAUAGCUUCUACCAGCUUGUGUGCAUUUGAGCCUCCGGAGCGACAGAUUUUCGUUGGAUAUUUGUCUGUCCUUUCUCUUAUCUCCAUGUUUGCUGCUCCACUAUUUGUCAUUAAUUUGGUGAUCAAGACGAAGAGUGUUGAAUACAUGCCGUUUUAUCUCUCACUUGCUACGUUUCUGAUGAGCCUUUCCUUCUUUGUAUAUGGGCUGUUCGAGUGUGAUAUAUUCAUUUCUGUCCCAAAUGGGAUUGGACUAGUUCUCGGGGUCCUACAAUUGGGGUUGUACUUCUACUACAGCGAGAACUCCGAGGAAGAAUCAUCAAGAAGAAGACACCUGAUAGAGGCUUGUGCAUGAAAAAAAAUCACUCCGUUGGCAUUUGGCAAUCAAGAGCCUGGUUUUGUUCCUCGGAAUGCCAUGUUCACCCCCAGAGGAUUUCUCAUAUUCUUUGCAGAACCCGUCGAAGGGUCUGCCUUAGUGAUGAAAAUAAAGCUCGGGUCGAUUAUAUAUAUACCUCUUUGGUAUAUAAUUGUGAACCAUGGGUAUUAAGAGGCUAAGAGCUGAAUGCUUAGGUCAAUUUUUGUUGUUGGCUGCAGUGUAUUGGACAAGAGAUUGGUUUUGUGUUUGUAUAUUAAUUGUAUCCAUUGUGUUAUUAUGUUGUCAAAUGAUGAUUGAUAAUCCUCUUGGGGCUUUUUUUCUCUCUUUAAGAAGAGGAUGAAGAGUAUUUGAAAAAAUGACUUUGCCACUU